AUGGCUAUUUUGCCCACUCCCACAGGUGGAGCUGGAGCGAGCCAAGACGCAGCUGACGUUCAUGCUUAUGAUGAACCUGGAGUCCAGGCCCGUGAUCUUCGAGGACGUGGGGAGGCAGGUGCUGGCCACUCGCUCCAGAAAGCUGCCGCACGAGCUGUGCACGCUCAUCUGCGACGUGAAGCCGAAGAUGUGAAGAGAGUUGCUUCUAAGAUGCUCCGAGGGAAGCCGGCAGUGGCAGCCCUGGGUGACCUGACCGACCUGCGCACUUAUGAGCACAUCCAGACCGCCCUGUCCAGCAAGGAUGGGCGGCUGCCCAGGACUUAAAGGCUCUUCGGGUAGAGCCGCUGCCUGGCCGGACAGACCCAGGAGCUGCGCCAGAGCAGAGCCCUUUCCCACGCGUUAGUUUGGACACAAAUUUAGUGUAAGAAGCUGUCUGGUUGUAGAAACAGCACACUGUUGCCAGCGCACCCACACAGUUUGCGUUCCUUCAGAACUGAACGUGCCAGUCAGUGGGGUCAGUGCGCUCCCUGACCACUGCAAGCCGGGAAGCUGGUGAAGUGCUGAGCUCUGGGGCGCAGCUGCCAUCAGGAGGCCCGGUCGGCCGGGUCCCCCUCCUCAGGGGCUCUUGGCACUUG